CGCCUUAGCAUGCUAAUGGCGGCCAUUUGUAGCUAAUCCAUCCUUCACAUCUUCUUGCAGACUAAUAAUCCUAGACAGUUAUUGGUUUUUAAUUGAGCCAAAAUGCCUGCCGUUAAGGGAGAUGGCAUGCGAGGGUUGGCAGUGUUUAUUUCUGACAUCAGGAAUUGUAAAAGUAAAGAAGCUGAGAUAAAGAGAAUAAAUAAAGAAUUGGCAAACAUCAGAUCUAAAUUCAAAGGAGAUAAGACAUUAGAUGGUUACCAAAAAAAGAAAUAUGUCUGCAAACUGUUAUUCAUAUUUUUGCUGGGACAUGAUAUUGACUUUGGUCACAUGGAAGCUGUCAACCUACUUAGUUCCAAUAAGUAUACAGAGAAACAAAUAGGGUACUUGUUCAUCUCUGUUCUUAUCAGUGCUAGCAGUGAUUUAAUGAAGCUUGUUAUCCAAUGUAUUCGUAAUGACCUGGUUAGCCGUAAUCCAAUCCAUAUUACUCUAGCUUUACAAUGUGUAGCUAAUAUUGGCAGUAGAGAAAUGGCUGAGUCCCUCAGUAUAGAUAUUCCAUCAUUACUGGUAUCAGGAGAUACAAUAGAUUCUGUAAAACAAAGUGCAGCUUUAACAUUGUUACGUUUAUUGCGCACAGCUCCUGAAUUACAAAUGGGAGAAUGGACAUCUAGAAUAAUACAUCUCCUUAAUGAUCAACAUAUGGGUGUUGUGACAUCAGCUGCUAGUUUAAUUGAAGCACUAGUAAAGAAGAAUCCUGAAGAAUAUAAGGGUUGUGUAUCACUUGCUGUUUCUAGACUUAGUCGAAUUGUAACUUCGUCAUAUACUGACUUACAAGAUUAUACAUAUUACUUUGUACCUGCUCCUUGGUUGUCUGUUAAAUUACUUCGACUUUUACAAAAUUACCCUCCACCUGAGGAUCCAAGUGUACGUACAAGAUUAACUGAAUGUUUAGAAACUAUAUUAAAUAAAGCACAAGAACCCCCUAAAUCUAAGAAAGUGCAGCACUCUAAUGCAAAGAAUGCUGUUUUAUUUGAAGCUAUUAAUCUUAUAAUACAUAUGGAUAGUGACCCAAAUCUUCUAGUCAGAGCUUGUAAUCAGCUUGGACAAUUCUUACAACAUAAAGAAACCAAUCUUAGAUAUUUAGCUCUAGAGAGUAUGUGUUUAUUAGCGACAUCAGAAUUUUCUCAUGAAGCUGUCAAGAAACACCAAGACACAGUCAUUACAGCUCUAAAAACUGAGAGAGAUGUUAGUGUACGACAGAGAGCUGUAGAUUUAUUAUAUGCUAUGUGUGAUAGAACUAAUGCUGAAGAAAUAGUUGGUGAAAUGUUAGAAUAUCUAGAAACGGCCGAUUAUUCUAUAAGAGAAGAAAUGGUAUUAAAAGUAGCUAUUUUAGCGGAGAAAUAUGCUGUAGAUUAUACAUGGUAUGUCGAUGUCAUACUUAAUCUCAUUAGAAUAGCUGGUGAUUAUGUCAGUGAAGAAGUAUGGUAUAGAGUAAUACAAAUAGUUAUAAAUAGAGAUGAUGUACAAGGUUAUGCAGCUAAAACAGUGUUUGAGGCAUUACAAGCUCCAGCAUGUCAUGAAAACAUGGUAAAGGUUGGAGGUUAUAUCUUAGGUGAAUUUGGUAAUCUUAUAGCUGGUGAUCCCAGAUCAAGUCCUAUUGUACAGUUUCAAUUAUUACACUCCAAAUAUCAUCUGUGUAGUCCUUCAACACGUGGAUUGUUAUUAUCCACUUACAUUAAAUUUAUUAACCUGUUUCCUGAAAUAAAACCACAAAUUCAAGAGAUAUUGGGUAGUAAAAAUAAUAUGAGAAAUCCAGAUGUAGAAUUACAACAAAGAUCUAUUGAAUAUCUUCAACUUAGUUCAAAGGCCACAGCUGAUGUACUAGCCACAGUAUUAGAAGAAAUGCCGCCAUUCCCUGAAAGAGAAUCUUCAAUUUUAGCCAAACUGAAGAAGAAAAAGCCCUCUAGUGUGGCAGAAACUGCUAUUGAAACAACAAAAGAACAUAAAGCAAUGCCAGCUGCUCAAAUAAAUUCUGAUAGUCAACCAACACUUCAGAUAUCAUCACCUAGUAGUGCUGGAUCUGCUGAUUUAUUAGGAUUAGAUAUUGGUGGUAUGUCAGCACCAGUAGAUUCUAGUUCAAGUGGUGUUGGUGGUGGACAAUCAGCUAGUGAUCUAUUAGUAGAUAUACUAGGUGGGCCAGCACCAGGUGGAAUAGGUGCAGUAGGUGUUGGAACAACCAAUGGCUUAGAUUCAAGUGGUCUAACAGUUGGAGCAGAAGAAAACUUUUUGAAAUUUAUAACUAAAUUAAAUGGAGUAUUAUAUGAAAAUGACCUGUUACAAAUAGGGGUCAAGGCUGAAUAUAGACAGAAUUUGGGUCGUGUUGGCUUAUUUUAUGGCAAUAAAACAUCAUUCCAAUUUACCCAGUUUACAACAAGUAUCUCAUGUCCAGGUCAACUUAGUACUCAGAUAAGUGUCACAGAGAAACCUGUAGAUACUGUAAUGGAAGGUGGUGCCCAGGUACAACAAAUGUAUAAUAUAGAAUGUAUUUCCGAAUUUACAGAUGCACCUAUACUCAAUAUUAGUUUUACCUAUAGUGGAUCCAAUCAGAAGUUACACUUAAAAUUACCAGUUUCAGUCAAUCGUUUUAUGGAAGCAACAGAAAUGAAUGCUGAUUCUUUUUUCACAAGAUGGAAGGCUCUAAGCCAGCCAGAACAAGAAUGUCAAAAAAUCUUUAAAUCUACUUCAUCACAAGAUACAGAACUUACCAAAGCCAAGAUAUUGGGUUUUGGUUCAAGUGUAUUAGAAGGUAUUGAUCCUAAUCCUGAUAACUUUGUAUCAGCUGGUGUUAUACAUACUAGAAAUCAACAAACAGGUGUACUCAUCAGAUUAGAACCUAAUAAACAAGUAGAGAUGUACAGAUUAACAGUGAGGUCAACAAAAGGUAGUGUAGCCAAAACUAUUUGUGAAUUUCUGGAAACACAGUUUUAGACCGGAGAAAUGUAGCCAGGUUACUUGAUUGGGGUCCAACAUGAGGAGCUUUACACCCUGCUCAGUGACUUAUCAUAUAUAGAUACACAAGACAACAUGUAGACAAGACAGCUUGUGUAGACAGAUGUAAUAUGUAGAAGUAGUAGUCAGAAACAAGGGGUCAAGGCUAAUUUCUAGUUUCAUUUUCAAUUCAUAUACAUUUUGAUGUAGUAUUAGUGACAUUUGUCAGUCCCCAAAUGAUGCCUUAUAAGUUUUUUUAAGAAUGAUUUAUGUUGGCUAAGAAUAGACUGGCAACUGGUUACAUCUUAAUUUGAUUCUGUGAAUAAUUCAUAUGAAAAUCAUGUAGUGAAUGGAUUUUUGGAAAUAGGCUGAACUUUGAUGGCAUUUGGGGACACGACAAUAUAAGUGAAUAGGCAGUAAAAACUAUGUGAUCUUAUUGUUAGUUAUUAUAUUUAUUACAAGUUUAGAAAUAAUGAUAUGGAAAGAGGUUUUGAAGCAUUCCCUUUUGUGUCUUUCUGUAUAAUGUUUAAGUAUCUACUAGUCACUAGGAUUGUUUAGACUAGAGUUUAAUUAUUGGCUGUUUUAGAAAAGAACUGUAAUAAUAUAUAUUGGAUCUCUCGACAGUUUAAUCCGUGUAAAAUUGUAUAUUUCACUGUGUAUAGAUAAAUAUAGAUAUGCACUGUACUAUUAUUGUAUAUGUACACUCUAUUAAAUGUAUAUUAUUGUAAUAGUGAUAGUAGAUAUAUUGGUCAAAACUCAAAGAAGAUUUAAAUAUAUGCAAUAUAAUGGAACUUGAAAGUAUUAAUAUUUAUGGUGGUUUCUUAUAGCCAUGCAUUAAAUAUUGCUUUUGACUAAGAGUUGAGACAUCAAAAGAAAAUUUAGCUCAGUUAUCAGUUAUCAAUAUUACUGUUCAGUCAUGGAUAUAAAAUAACUGUUUACGUUCUGUUUAUAUUAAAUAUUAUUAAAGUGUUUUUCAGAAUAUAUAUAAUUUUUCACAUCUUAAUCCAUGCUAAAAUGAACUCAAAAGGAUUAUUUAACAUUUCAUAAAGAAAUCAGUGAAUAAUAAUACGUGGUUGAUCAGUGGCGCUGGCCUGUGGUGAAUAUAUCCUGCAUAUUGCCUGCAGUAGAUACUGAAUUUUGACAGAUUUUCAGUUCAUCAUAUCCUUGUAAAUACUCAAUGGAAUUGAAUACACAUUGCUAUUUUAGAGUGUUUCAAGGCUACUGUAAACCAGAAUAUUUUUUUUUCCCCCUGAAAACCUAAUCAUUUAAUCUAUAUGUCCUAAAUGUUAUAAACUAAGGUAGAAUUCACAUACUAUUAAGAACAGUUAGUUAACUGGGGGGAUUUAAGAGAUUCAAUAUUUAAAGUUUUCAGGAAAUUGAUUUAAGGAACUUGUUUGUAGGUCACAUAAUUUACAGUUUUGGUUAAUUGUUAAACAUAGCACAAUAUUAAUUGGAGGAAAUUCAUUUAUGGAGUGGAAUUUAUAUCCUGUUUUAUUUUAAAAUGUGUUCAUCUUACUGUGGCUUUCUAGAUUAGUGACUUAUAAAUACAUGUGGCACGCAAAUAUAUAUAGUGCUACCGGUACUUAUCAAAAGUUGGGAUUUUCACAAUAUACAAAUGGGUUGAGUUGACAUCAAAUUAGAAGCAUAUCUGGGGUCAUUUUAAGACUAAAUUGGUUAAUUGCUGUUUAAAUGGGUUUGUUAUAUUUUUGUUUUAUUAUUCAGAACAUCAACUUAUACUUCAUUCCUAUGUUAUAUAUUUAUUCCCACUCUGUUGUAUAUUAAUCUCUUACUUUGGUUGAUAUCUUGAUAUUAAUAAACUUAUGAACAGAAGAUAAGUACAAUAACUGAUUUAAUGAAGACAAACCAGCCAUAAAUUUACAUUUUAAACUUCUAUAAUAGAUUUGAAUAUUUACAAUGCAGUGCUACUUUUAAUUUUACGUUUGUGGUGCAUCUAUUUAUUGUUUACAUUGUUAAAAUAGAUUGUCAGUUCGAACGUGUUCAACAUCAUAUUGGUAGCUAUAAAUGAAAAUAAUUCAAAUAUCACAACAUAAAUUUUACUAGAAUAUGUUUGCGGUGGAAUUUUGGUUGGAUUUGUUUUUCUUGAAUUGAGAUAAAUGGAUUUUGGUUGGCCAUGAAGUUAUGAUUCAUAUAAGAUAUUCUAUAUUUUGCAUUAUUUGUGUAUGUAAAUGUAUAUUUAAUUUCCAUAUUAUCAUUAUUUACAUAGAUCAGAAUUUUUACCAUACUCAGAAGAUAAAAUGAAUUGAAGUUAUCUAUUGUUAAGAUAUUUUUUCUUUUGUUUUGUUUGUGUAAAUAAAUGGUUAAUUUUCUUAUCUUUAUUUCAAAGAUGUGAAAAUAAGCAAUGCCAGCUCUGUUAAAGUUUUCUUAUUUUGCUGUGGUUAUCAUGAUAAAAAUACUUGUUAGUAUGAAAUUAUGUUCCGCUUUUGUAGAUAUCUUGUACAUUUACAUUUUCUUACUUCUGUGCAAUAGAUUAUAUUGCCGAGACUGUUAUAUAAGAAUAAAAUGAAUAUGCAUAUUGCUAGAAUAACAAAGUUAUCUUUUUAAAUAAUUUGCUUUGUUUUUCAUUUGAAUUUAUUUAAUCACCUGAGAAAUACUUAUAAAUUACUUACCCUAUGAUUAAUCGUAGUAUAAACCAAUAUUUAUUGCAUUGAACAAUGGCAAAUGUUUUAUAAUAGGUAUAUAUACAAUUAGUUGAAUGCUAUAUAGAUGGUAACUCGUACGUGUAGUAAGGUUGUUGAUUGCUUUUAUUAGAGUCUGUGUUGCUCAUUCUUAAUCAAAUUAGAUAUAGAGGUUUCUUCUACAUACUUUAAAUUAUGGGCCAUCUCUUUAAAGAUUCCUCACUUUAAAAAUCCAUUAUGUAUAAUUAAAAACAUUGAAGUGUUGGCUAAAUAUAUGUAUGGAUGAAAAGAAAAAAAAAUAUUAGAAAUUUUGCUCACUAAAAUAUGAGUCGAGCAUUGGAAAUUAAUUUAAAUAUGGUCCAAGAAAUAAUAGCUGUAGAGAGUAUUAUAAGUUAUAUGUUCUCUUUAAUUGGUCUUGAUGACAUCUUUAUCAUACUCAUGUAAUAAACAUUGUUUUUAAAAUGACAA